UCUUCACUUCAUUAAAACUCUAACCACAGCUUUGCCUAAACUCUGCUCCAAAAAAUGGCAGCAGAAAUGGCACUUGUAAAACCCAUCUCCAAAUUCAGCAGUGUAGCUCCCAAAUUUGGCAACUUGAGAAGUGGUUCAUACUCAAAAUUCACCACCAUCAAAAUGACUGCCACUUCACAGCCUCCUCCACCUACUAGCACUACCAGGCCUAGCAAGAAAGCUGCUAAAACUACCAUUAAGGAGACCCUUUUGACACCAAGGUUUUACACCACAGACUUUGAUGAAAUGGAGACCCUUUUCAACACUGAGAUCAACAAGAACCUCAACCAGGCUGAGUUUGAAGCUCUGCUGCAGGAAUUCAAGACUGACUACAACCAGACACACUUUGUGAGGAGCAAGGAAUUCAAGGAGGCUGCUGACAAAUUGCAAGGACCUCUAAGGCAAAUCUUUGUGGAGUUCUUGGAGAGGUCCUGCACUGCUGAGUUCUCUGGGUUCCUUCUCUAUAAAGAGCUUGGAAGAAGGCUUAAGAAAACCAAUCCAGUGGUGGCUGAGAUUUUCUCUCUCAUGUCUAGGGAUGAAGCAAGACAUGCUGGAUUCUUGAACAAGGGUUUGUCUGAUUUUAACUUGGCAUUGGACUUGGGUUUCCUAACAAAGGCUAGGAAGUAUACAUUUUUCAAGCCUAAGUUCAUUUUCUAUGCUACCUAUCUGUCUGAGAAAAUCGGAUACUGGAGAUACAUAACCAUAUACAGACAUCUCAAGGCCAAUCCUGAGUACCAAUGUUAUCCCAUUUUCAAGUAUUUUGAGAACUGGUGCCAGGAUGAGAACCGUCAUGGUGAUUUUUUCUCUGCAUUGAUGAAGGCCCAGCCACAAUUUCUCAAUGACUGGAAAGCAAAGUUGUGGUCCCGAUUCUUCUGCCUAUCGGUUUACGUGACAAUGUACCUCAAUGAUUGCCAACGCACAGCUUUCUAUGAAGGCAUUGGACUCAACACAAAAGAAUUUGAUAUGCAUGUCAUCAUUGAGACAAACCGCACAACGGCUAGAAUUUUCCCAGCUGUGCUAGAUGUUGAGAACCCAGAAUUCAAGAGGAAGUUGGAUCGCAUGGUGGAGAUUAACGAGAAGCUGCUUGCUGUUGGGGAGACCGAGGACGCAUCCUUUGUGAAGAACUUGAAGAGGAUACCACUUAUUGCAGCAUUGGCCUCUGAGCUCCUGGCUGCAUAUCUAAUGCCACCAAUUGAGUCUGGAUCUCUCGAUUUUGCGGAGUUUGAGCCACAAGUUGUGUACUGAGUUUUCAUGAGCUCCAUCACAUCCAUGCCAUCUUCAGUUCCUGUAAUUCUGUUAAACUAUUCACAUGAUUUUAGUGUAAGAAAGUGAUUGUUAUGAAGAGUUCAUUGUAUUUGUUGUAAUGAUAGAACAACUUGUUUCAGCACUAGUCAUCCACAUUUGUCCA